UAAGGCAGAAUCCUUCAAAUUUGUGUGAAUUAAUUGAAUUUCUCAAUUCUCGAUCUGAUCAACUAAAUGGAACUGUUCUCCCAUUGAACCUCUUAGAAAUCGAACUAUUUUAGUUCAUUCUCGGUCUCUGUUCCUUCACUGCUGAAAUCCUCUGUGUUUGCUCUAUGGCCGCACCGUUUUUCUCCACUCCGUUUCAACCGUACGUUUAUCAGAGUCAGCAAGAUGCGGUUAUACCUUUCCAGAUUUUGGGUGGUGAAUCGCAGGUGGUUCAGAUAAUGUUGAAGCCACAAGAAAAGGUUGUUGCAAGACCAGGUUCUAUGUGCUUUAUGUCUGGAUCUGUUGAAAUGGAAAAUAUCUACGUUCCUGAGAAUGAAGUGGGUAUGUGGCAGUGGCUUUUUGGGAAGACUGUCACAAGUAUAGUCCUCCGUAAUGCUGGUACAAAUGAUGGAUUUGUUGGAAUUGCUGCACCUUCUCUUGCAAGGAUUCUCCCGAUUGAUUUGGCAAUGUUUGGUGGAGAAAUUUUAUGUCAGCCAGAUGCAUUCCUUUGCUCUGUCAAUGAUGUUAAGGUCAGCAAUUCAGUUGAUCAGAGGGCACGUAAUGCCAUGACUACUGCGGAGGGAUUUUUGAGACAGAAGCUAUCUGGACAGGGGCUUGCAUUUAUUCUUGCUGGAGGAUCUGUCAUACAGAAAAAUCUUGAGGUGGGUGAGGUGCUAUCUGUUGACGUAUUAUGCAUUGUGGCUCUUAAUACCACAGUAAACGUCCAAAUUAAAUACAAUGGCCCAAUCAGAAGGGCUGUCUUUGGGGGUGAUAAUUUAGUGACAGCGACUCUAACGGGACCAGGCAUUGUCUUUAUCCAGAGUUUACCGUUUCAACGAUUUUCUCAGCGCAUUGCUAGGGCAGUGACGUCCCCAAACAUGAGAGAAAAUCCAAAGUUCUUCGUUCAGAUAGCCAUUUUCUUUUUUCUGGCAUAUGUUGUGAUUGUAUCUUCAUUAAUUUUGACCGAUGUGUGAAUUAUGUUAUUUGAUAGUGUCCAUUUCCUCUUGCUUCCUGUAGGGAACCCCACACAGCAGUCCUUUAUCAACCAUUGUACUACUGCAGUUUAUUUAACUUCAAUAUAGUCAAAUCAAUAGAAACAAAGUAAUUCGAGUUGGCUUUCUUGGAUUUA